CCUUCAGUAGAUUGACUUGUCUCUGUUGGUGUAGACUAUGGCGAAGAUGAGCAGCGCUGGGACCCUCUUCUUUGUCCUGUGGCUGGACAGUUGGCCAGGUUCAAAUAAUGAACUUGCCUCAAGUUCCAAAAAUCUAGAUGAAGGUUUGACUAAAAUAUUUGAUGAUAUUCUACUGCAAGCACUUCCCAAAGUUCCGAAUGAUCCGCCAUUUGAUGGAACAAGAACGGAAGGCAAAGCAAUUACAAAGAGAGACGUGGAAGAAAGUUAUUCCCAACAAGGAAGCUUGAACAAUUCUGAAUUUGCAUCAAGUUCAAAUACAGGAGAGGAACAUUUGGCUAAGCUGUUUGAUGAUAUUCUACUGCAAGCACUUCCCAAAGUUCCGAAUGAUCCGCCAUUUGAUGGAACAAGAACGGAAGGCAAAGCAAUUACAAAGAGAGACGUGGAAGAAAGAGCCAGUGUUGCUUGGAAUUCUCCAGAACCAGAAUAUUUCCUUGGCAGUAUGGACAACAUUUCCAAUAACGAUCGCAUUUCAGAGGAGGAGGUGGCCAAAGAGUCCGCUCUGUUCAACAGGGAUGUGAGUGAACAGGUGACCUCUGAAGACAAAGCAGGUAGCCCAGCUGCCCACCGCGGGAGCAUGCCCUGCACGCAACUGCUGCACUUCCUGCACAGGAACAUCAUCAUCGCCGCGGUCUCGGUGGCAGGGAUCCUCGCGGCCACCACGCUGCUGCUGCUCGCGCUGACCACAUACGUCAGGAGGAGACAGCCGUUACUUCCUCCGGCAAACAUGACGUACAAUAUUUUUAUAAUGAAUGGGAAGACUUGGUGGCAGAAGUCUCAAGGAAAGAAUUCCAGAAAACAUGCAGGAAAACAGUUGUGCAAGUCUUGCAUCUAGGCCAGGUCACGGGGUCAGCCACAUCAGGACUUAGCACUGCGACGGGAGGAUUCUCCAUCCAGACACCAAGGAGGGACACCUGGACUUCUGGCUGUGAGGAGUUUUCUGCACAAAGCCUUGAAUGGACCCAGAAAAAGUGCUUUUCCGUGGGCUGCUGAUGGUGACACUGCACAAUGAUCAGUGCAGGAGACAGUGCACUCACCCAGAGUCAGGCCCGAGACUUGGACUUACUCCUUUAAUAAAGCAUGGAUUCACUCA